AUGGCGUCGCUGCCUCAGGAUCCGGCGCAUCCCGAGAAGAAGAAGAGCCCGAGUGCGCUGCGGUCCAUCGUCGCCGGGGCGACGGCCGGGGCGAUUGAAAUCUCCAUUACCUAUCCUGCCGAGUUUGCCAAGACCCGGUCACAGCUCAACAGGCGCUUGGCCGAGGGCCAGAAGCUCCCAUGGCCGCCCUUUGGAAAGCAGUGGUAUGCCGGGUGCACGACGCUCAUCAUUGGCAACUCGGCAAAGGCCGGCAUCCGCUUCGUCGCCUUUGACCAGUACAAGAAGCUCCUCGCCGAUGCCGACGGCAAGCUCACCGGCCCCCGGACCGUCCUGGCAGGCUUUGGCGCCGGCGUGACCGAGUCGCUACUGGCCGUGACGCCGACCGAGAGCAUCAAGACGACGCUAAUCGACGACCGCAAGUCCCCCAACCCGCGGAUGCGCGGCUUCCUCCACGCCGUGCCCAUCAUCGCCCGCGAACGCGGCGUGCGCGGCUUCUUCCAGGGUUUCGUGCCAACGACGCUGCGGCAGGCGGCCAACAGCGCGACGCGCUUCGGGUCCUACACCUUUCUCAAGCAAAUGGCCGAGUCGUACACGGCGCCGGGCGAGAAGCUGGGCGCUGUCGGCACCUUUGCCAUUGGCGGCCUGGCCGGGCUCGUCACCGUCUUCGUCACGCAGCCCCUCGACACCAUCAAGACGCGCAUGCAGAGCAUCGAGGCGCGCCACAUGUACGGCAAUACAUUUCGCUGCGCCGCCCUCAUCUUCCGGCACGAGGGGGUUCUGACCUUCUGGAGCGGCGCCUUGCCCCGGCUGGCCCGGCUGGUGCUGAGCGGCGGCAUCGUCUUUACCAUGUACGAAAAGGGCAUGGAGCUGAUGAACCGGCUGGACCCAGAGAUGAAGUACAUCUAG